GCAUCGGCCAUCCUUCUUUGUCACCUUCACCCUUCCCCGUUUGGUCAUCACCCCGUCCCCUUUUCUUGAUCCUCACACACCCGCUCUUCCCUCCCGUCUCUACCAUUUCCCAGUUCAGUCCUCCAUUCGUCCUCCUCUUUUUUCUGGCUCAAGCACAUCAGGGUCAAGAUUUCGUAGCUCCUCGAGAAUCGCGGGUGCGAGAUCCACGCCUGUUUGUCCGGGUUUUAGUGUUUUCGGAUCCUCAGUGAUGGGGACGAAGAAGGAGAAGGUAUCUUGGACCGCUGGUGAGAAACUCAUGGUUUUCAACUUCGUCGCCGGGGGCCUGUGCAUACUGGCGACCGUUGCCCCGCAUCUGCCGUGGAGGUACGCUGUGGCACAGUCCUGUAUGACCCAACGCUUCGCCUUCGACCGCAGUUAUUCCCUGCUGCACAUCGGCGACAACCUCGGCAGGGGCAUGUCGUGGUUCAAGCUCAAAAAGGACGUGUGCCAUGAGAUGCUUGGCUUCAACGGUUUCGAUCCGAAGGUGGCGAUCAUGAAAACGAUGGCACAAGAAAUGGGAACAGGGGGCGCACUGGUCGGAUGCGUCGCGUGGCCUGCCUGUACGCAGGUUGUGAGCCAACGCUGCUCGGCGUACACCGUCAUGGCCAGCGUGGGAGUCAUCUGCGCCCUGUUGCAGCUGGUCUCCGCCAGCGCUGCCUUCGCAUUCCCGGUGAUGCUCACCAAGGAGGCCAAGUUCCUCAAGAAAAACAAACCAAAACUGGACGCCGCAAAGACCCAGACCAUGAUCUGCGGCGUCGUGGCGUUCGUGACUGGUUUCUUGUCUUGGAUCACGUGGACUGUGCUCUCUGACAUGACCUUCAAGGAUCUGGCGUCGAAAUCUGCGUACCCUUACCCGUCCGCCUCUGUCGGGAUCUACUUGGCGGGCUUCGCCAUUUUCCUCUUCUGCAUCGCCUUCUUCCAGUGCCUGAACCGCGUGUACUACUUUGUUGGUGGGAAACCAAGCGAUGAGGACGAGGUCUAUGUACACGAGAACGAGGCUGGGGCCGCCGCGCUCAUGCCCGACGCCGCUCUGUGUCACCCGCACUCUGCGCCCCAGCAGUUUAAGUGAGGGCUGAAGGCAGUCAUGAGGGCUGAAGGCGCGCGCGAGCGCUGGCCCGCGUGAAGAUUCCCUCCUCUUGGCCUUCUCGCGUCUACUCUCUCCCUUUCCUCGUCUCCUCCCUUCCUGGUGGGACCUGGUCGGACCUGGUGGGGGGACCUGGUGGGGACCUGGACCUGGUGGGGGGACCUGGUUGGGACCUGGGCCGUGCUGGGGUCGGACCUGGUGGGAGCACGGCAGGGACAUGGUGGGAACCACGACGCAUGGCGACCGUUUGCGGCUCGAGUUUCCAGCUGCGUCAUGGUCACCGCUUGCUUGUCUCAGUCACUGGUGGCGUCGGACGGUGAUGGUUGCCCUCGCCUCUGAGUCGCAAAAGGUGCAGGAGCAUCGUUUCACACCCAGGUGGAAUCCGUAGAUGGCGAUACCGCUGUGAGUCGGGAUCGUUGAUUACCUCCUUCCCUUGUCCCCCUGCCCACUUUAACUCUAUCCAUCUCGCGCCUGCAUUCAGUUGUCCAUUUUCACGUCUUGCCAGGAGACAGCGUACAGCCUGCCUGAAUCGAGCGUUCUUCCCUGUGCGUUCGAGACGCUUCCAGCUAAUUCGCGCACUGCUUCGAGAGAGGUAUGCUGGAGGUUUUAUUGAAAGUGGUAUUCGUUACUUGAAGGGGCC